AUGAUACAUACCAUGUUUGUCAAAGGGUUAGCUGUAUUGUAUAUUUAACAAAAACAUAUAUGAAGAAGACUAUCUAUGAAAUGCUUCUUGUUGAAGGUUGAGUUAUAAAUCCUUAAAGUGAAGGAGGCCUUUAAAAGCUCUUAUUGGUGAUGCUGUAGAGCUUACUUUGAGGAUCAAAUCAUUGGUACUUCUCAUAUAUUUGUGGUACCCCCUCUCAGAUUUUGGUAAACUAAUUAAACUUCUUGAUCAAUUCAAGGGGGUAUCAAAAGCUACAGUUUGGUUUCAUCAAUCUGAUGGAGGAAAAUCUGCCUCCCGGAUUCAGGUUCCACCCUACAGACGAAGAGCUCAUCACAUGUUAUCUUACAAGGAAGGUUUCUGAUUCUAGCUUCACAUCCAAAGCUAUAGCAGUUGUUGAUCUCAACAAGUCUGAACCUUGGGACCUCCCAGGUAAGGCCUCAAUGGGGAAGAAAGAGUGGUACUUCUUUAGCCUAAGAGACCGAAAGUAUCCAACAGGACUUCGAACAAACCGAGCCACUGAAUCAGGGUACUGGAAAACCACAGGGAAAGACAAGGAAAUUUUUCGUGCUGGGGUUUUGGUUGGAAUGAAGAAAACCCUAGUCUUUUAUAGGGGUAGAGCUCCAAGGGGCGAGAAAAGCAAUUGGGUCAUGCACGAAUAUAGACUAGAAAACAAGAAUCACUUUAGACCUUCCAAGGACGAAUGGGUGGUUUGCAGGGUUUUCCAAAAGAGCUUGCAAAUGAAAAGACCACAGCAAACACCCCCCUCACAACCAGAGUCCCCAUGUGACACAGCCUCAAUGGUCAAUGAAUUUGGUGAUGUUGAGCUUCCUAAUCUAAUAAAUAACAUUGCAAAUUCUUCAUCAGAUGGAAUCACUAACAACAUUUCAGGACAAACCUUCUUCAAUGCUGAUCUUAUUAAUAGUGUUAACACAAACAUGAACUUGACCAUGAAUUGGCCAGUUGCAAGUGAGGUAAUUCAGGUUCCCACUCUUCCAUCACUUCCAUGGCCUUCUGGGUUGUUAAAUCCAAGUAUUUCUGUAAAUUCUUUGCUUCUCAAGGCAUUGCAACUUAGGAGCUAUCAACAAAUAGAAGCAGCAGCAGCAGCAGCUACAGAUCAUUUAAUUGCAUCAUAUAUGCCUCAAGGAGUGUCCCAGCAUGUUGGAACUAACCUAAUUAGUUCAAGUCUCACUGCAUCUUCUUCUUCUAAAGUUUUAGAAUGUGUUCCACAGCAACAGCAGGAGCAACCAUUCAACUUGGACUCCAUUUGGUGAAUCUGUUUAGACCAUGAAGCUAACAUUGUGUAUUUACAUCAACCUCCAACUCCUAUAAAAAAAAUGGUACCAUUUCCAAACUUAACACAAUCGUUGAUCAUGUCGAUGUAAACAUUCCUCUUCAAAUGUUAUUGUAAGUAGGUGUUAAAAUAGGCAGCUUUUAAAUCACUGUUAAAAGUCCAUUGAUGUUAAUCAACCAUUAGGAGGAAGAUCUCCUCAAUCGUCCCAAGUUUCAUGUUCUAGUAUUAAUUUCGACAUAAAAAAAAAAUCAAGAAAAAAAACUUGUACGUACGUACUAUUUAAAUAAAUUCAAAGGAAUAGUUUGUAUAUGUUGCCCAGUCUCUUUGGUUUGUAUUCGACCCCUCAUUCAGCAUGGAGUUAUGCAUGGAUGUAAUUAUGAUGACAAGUAGUGAUGACAAUCAAGUAUAUGAAAAUAAAGGA